CAGGUGAACGUCCCGAAAACCCGCCGGACCUACUGCAAGAAAUGCGGCAAGCACCAGCCGCACAAAGUCACCCAGUACAAGAAGGGGAAGGACUCUCUCUACGCCCAGGGAAAAAGACGCUACGAUAGGAAGCAAAGUGGCUAUGGGGGCCAGACAAAGCCCAUCUUCCGUAAGAAG